CAUUGUCAUUCACAGACUGAGGAAAUGCAUAAACCAGACCUGGGGGGAAGAGCCUGAGAAGGGAAACCACACUGGUCAGGGUGCCAGUAACUUCUUUUUGCUUUUUUUUUUUUUUUUCCAAUUUAUUUAUUUUCAGAAAAACAUUAUUCAUUAUUUUUUCACCACACCAGACAGUUUCUCACCUGCCACCAGUAAAGGAGGGCAGAGUCAAGACCUAGCAUAUGUUUCAUCAUUCCCGUCUCUCCCUGGGAAUUUCCCUCCGGAAAUUUCCUCCUUUGGACUAGCACCGCUGACCUCAUCUAGCCAAUAUCAUGGACUUACGGCUCUCCCACAAUGAUCUGCUUUUCAGAUAAUACCAUCCAGUCGAUUUUCUGUUGCUGUUGCUGCUGUUCCUUGCAGAAGCGACAAGUCAGAACACAAAUAAGCCUGAGCAAAGAUGAAGAAUUUCCAGAAAAAUAUACACGGCAUCGCAGGCCAUGGUUCAGGGAAUUGCCAAGCAAGAAGCGAUCCAACAGAGACCACGGGCAACCAUCGAAACGUAAGCCACUGCCUCCCCUCCCACCAUCUGAGGUUACCGAAGAGAAGAUCCAAGUAAAGGCACUGUAUGAUUUCCUGCCCAGAGAGCCGUGUGAUUUAGCACUGAAGAGAUCAGAGGAAUACCUCAUACUGGAGAAGUAUAACCCUCACUGGUGGAAGGCAAGAGACCGUUUAGGGAACGAAGGCUUAAUCCCAAGCAACUAUGUGACUGAAAACAAACGAAGCAAUCUGGAAAUAUAUGAGUGGUACCAUAAAAACAUUACCAGAAAUCAGGCAGAACGUAUUUUGAGACAAGAGUCGAAAGAAGGUGCAUUUAUGGUCAGAGAUUCCAGACAUUUGGGAUCCUACACAAUUUCUGUGUUUAUAAAAGCUAGAAGGAAUAUGGAGGCUACCAUCAAACAUUACCAGAUUAAAAAGAAUGACUCAGGACAGUGGUACGUGGCUGAGAGACACCUCUUUCAAUCAAUCCCUGACUUGAUCUGGUAUCACCAGCACAAUGCGGCAGGUCUCAUGACCCGUCUCCGCUACCCAGUCGGACUGAUGGGCAGCUGUUUGCCAACCACAGCUGGCUUUAGCUAUGAAAAAUGGGAGAUCGAUCCUGCUGAGCUGGCUUUUGUAAAGGAGAUUGGAAGCGGUCAGUUUGGGGUGGUCCAUUUAGGUGAAUGGCGGGCGCACAUCCGGGUGGCUAUCAAGGCCAUCAGUGAAGGCUCCAUGUCGGAAGAGGACUUCAUCGAGGAGGCUAAAGUAAUGAUGAAAUUAUCUCAUCCCAGGCUGGUCCAGCUCUAUGGAGUGUGCAUACAGCAGAAGCCGCUGUACAUAGUGACCGAGUUUAUGGAGAAUGGCUGCCUGCUGAAAUACGUCAGGGACAGAAGGGGAGCGCUUACCAAGGAGAUGCUGCUGAGCAUGUGCCAGGAUGUCUGCGAAGGGAUGGAGUAUCUGGAGAGGAACUGCUUCAUCCACAGGGAUUUAGCAGCAAGGAAUUGUCUGGUCAGUGCUGCAAGUAUAGUAAAAAUAUCAGACUUCGGAAUGACGAGGUACGUUUUGGAUGAUGAAUAUAUCAGUUCUUCUGGAGCCAAGUUCCCCAUCAAGUGGUCCCCUCCUGAAGUUUUCCAUUUCAACAAGUACAGCAGCAAAUCUGAUGUCUGGUCAUUUGGAGUUUUGAUGUGGGAAGUGUUCACAGAAGGAAAAAUGCCGUUUGAGAAUAAGUCAAAUUUGCAAGUCGUGGAAGCCAUUUCUCAAGGCUUCCGGCUGUACCGUCCUCAACUGGCCCCGAUGUGCGUCUAUGAAGUCAUGUACAGCUGUUGGCAUGAGAAACCUAAAGGCCGCCCUACAUUUGCUGAGUUGCUGCAGGUUCUCACAGAGAUUGCGGAAACCUGGUGACCCGAACGGAAUGGCAACCCAGAGGAUCAUCUUGCAAAAUUACCACAAAAGGAAAUCCUGUGUGGGGUCACUGAUGAUGAACACCUUCCUUUAGAGUUGCUGA